GCAAUGUUAGCUGUGCAUGAGGCGACAGUUACCGCAAGAUGACACACGGGGCGCGGGACCGUGUGUGGGUGGCUACGGGGCGGGGCGGGGCGGGUGGCGUGAGGUCCGUCCGCCGCUGUGUUGGUGUGACGCAGCGGUGGUGUGUGGUGGUGGCGCGGCCCGUGUGCUGGGGGUGGGGAGGAGGGGCGGCAGGUGGCGGGUUUCUGGUGGUGGUGGCUGCGUGUUGGCCGCGCCCUGUGACCCAGCAGCCCCUCCGCUUGCCGCAGCCCCUGCCAGGCUGCUACAGCACGGGGCGGGGCGGGGCAGGGCAGCUUGCCCGCCUCGCCCUGAGCAGCUGUCUCGAUGGCCUCACCAGUCACCAGUCAACCCGCCACCUGCCACCCUACCCCUGCCCUGCUGUGCCGCACCUCCGCCCCUGUGGGAGAUGCCCUGGGCCAUUCGUGUUCUCUUGGUCCCCGCCUGCAUGGACCGCUGGUGUCCCAGGGGACCAGAACGGCGCAGGGACAACCCGCCACCACUACCACCACCACUAUGCUCCGCGCCACCACGGGAACCACCCUAUCCACCCCACACAAUCACAACACCCCUACUCCGCCCCCACUGCCACCCGCCCCGCCGCCACAGUGCACCCAGUGACGCCCCUGGCUCACCCGUGGCCUGACACUCGCUGGCCGCUGGGCAACGCCGCCGCAGGUAACAUGGAGCCAACACGUCAGCAACCUGGUCUCGUCAGCCACACACCAGCUACAUCUCCUGCGAAGCCUGAAGAUGGGGAGAGUCCAUAGCGAGUGUGUACUGCAUCUUCACACUCCCUGGGCUCACAUACACGCCCCUAACUUGCCCGUCCUUGCUCACCGCCACUCAACCCGGUGUGGCUGAUCCUGGGGGCCGAUUCCACCACCUACCAGGCCCUCCACACCCUUCAGGCUCGCCACUACCUCCACCACCCGCGCCACAAGCUGCUCCCCAUACGUGCCCGGACAGACAGACAAGCACAAUACUCAAAAUAUACUCAACUCAACGCUGGAUUUGUUUCAUUUUAACUUUGUAAUUUUAGGAUAUUUCUCCCUAUAGUGUGUAUAUUUUCAGCUCCAGAACUGCUUAUGUUAAAAAAAAAAUAUAUAGUUUAUUAUUACACACACACACACUCUUAAAACACUCAAAAGACACACAUACCACACACACACACACACACUAAUAUUUCCAUCCUAAUCUGGAUUGACCUACACACUCAAAACACACACACACACUUUCAACUAAAUAUAAGGAAUCAAAGGCCCUUAAAAAAAAUAUAUAAGGAAUUUAACAGCAAAUAAAAAAAAUAAAUAAAUAAAUAACCCCUUCUGACAGUAUAAUGAAUCAAACACCCUUUUAACCAAACAUAAAGCAUUGAAUCUCUUAAAAAUGAAUCUGUAUGGAAUGAGAUACUGCAGGGUUAAAGGAAGAGAGAGAAAGAGAGCAGUACAAUUGUCAUCUUUAUAAAACAAAGUCAUUCUUAAUACAAAUGUUGCCUUUACAAAUACGAGGCUUUAGUUAUUUAUUUAUUUAUCACUAGUUCAUUUACAAUCGCUUUUUUUGGGGCAAUUUUUCACUAAGAUAAUUAUUUUUUUUAUUUAUUUUUUUGAAGAGUAUUACCUUAAUAAUAGUGUAGCUUUAGACAUUACUAAUAUUACUAUACAAAUUAUCGUCGAGAGAGAGAGAGAGAGAGAGAGAGA